UUCUGUGACUGCCCUUACUAAAAGCGGUUAGAUACGGUAAAUACCAAGGCUAUUCUUCCUUGGAGGAUCGGUCUCGGGAGUUUGAUAACGUCCGUUUCCGUGCCUCCUACCUAGCUACAGCCAAUCAUAUUGUACCACUAGCCUGGCCAUGUGUUUCCGGAACUUAAGAAUGUUGCGGUUCUCCGGACCUUUCCAUUCCGCUCCUGACCUGAAAUUGAUGCAUCGUCUGCCAUCCGGUUUAGGCCAAAUAUCGUUCGCCCUUGCUAUGACAGAGCCCAUUCGGUUUACCAAGAGUCAGGUAUUGAAUCAAGCUCGGACUGAGUACCUUGUAUCUUGCCCCCGUCUUCAUCAUUCGACAUGUCCGAAAGCGAAAGCCCCGACUUUGCGAACGCCAAGAAAUUCCGAGCUUGCACCAGUUGUGCUCGCCAGAAAAUUAGGUGUAGAUGGCCACCGGAAUCGGGAAAUAGCGAACAAGCCGAUUGCUUGAGAUGCUCUCGGAUGAGCAUAUCGUGCCGUGUACCAGACCCCGUCCCGAGGAAGAAACGCGGCAAGUCUAGUCGUGUCAUGGAACUGGAAAAGAAAAUAGAUGGCCUAGUCAACCUCUUCCAAUCUCAGCAGCAGGCCCAGGAAGUUCAGCGCUUGAACUCAAGUACGAAAGGCCCAGAAGGUGAGAUCCAGCACUUGUCUCCAAAAAAUACAGCGACACUGCAUGGUCUCCACCAACCCCCAACCUGUCGUGCUGCAUCAAGCGGUAUUCCCUCCAGCACCCCAGAAUCCCAUGCAUUUUCACUGCCAGAUACAAGAUAUUCAGACGCUACAUUUCAUCUGGUUCCUGGCUUUAGUAUCUCCGCUACAAAAGCAGAAGAAUACUUGGACAUCUAUCGAACACGAUUGGUUCCCAAUUUCCCCUUCGUACCUGUCCGACAUGACAUGACAGCCAUGGAGCUUCACGAUACGAAGCGGUUUCUGUUUUGGUGCAUAAUGCAGGCCGUUGCGUCCCAGACAGCGGCUGUCCAAAAGACAGUUGAUGAUUGGGUCCGCCGACAUGCCGCCAUGCACGUCGUUGUCUUAGGGGAACAGUCGAUCGAACUAAUCCAGGGCCUUCUGGUAUACGUUGCCUGGGGUGACCUUCAUUUUCAGAUGGGUAUCAAUGCCUACUCACUGCUACAGAUGGCAAUUGGCAUGGUGAUGGAGAUGACACUAUUCUCCUUUGGAGGCUAUAUGAGCUGGAUGCCAAAAUCUUUACAAACCGAAGCGUGGGCUCUCUUAGGUCGAGGCAACCAGCUCGAGUCAACAAAGCAAACACUCGAAGAGCAAAGGGCAAUUCUCGGCGUCUACUUUGUCGCAUCUAGCAACCCCGCAGCCCUGCGAAAGUACUCGCAAAUACAAUAUAGGCCACAAAUCGCGCGAUGUUUCAAAGACAUCCGGGAGGCCUCUGAACUGCCCUCUGAUGCGCAACUGCUUGCGCUCAUCCGGCUGCAAAAUAUCGGAGACCGCAUUCGUUCGGUGUAUCCAAAUACAGACAAAGACGAGGGAAUACCUGUGCCAAUCUUCCGAGAACAUUUUGCUGUGGUCUUGAUGUCGAUUCGUAAGGAGAUUCUUGCCUUGGAGUCGGAGGAACCUAUCAUAAACAGGAACCAACCAAUGUUAUGGGCUCAUUACCAGACAUUGAUGGUCAAACUAUAUGAGCCCUGUAUAGGCAUGCGUGCAGCGAGGCCCUCCGAGGCAACGUCUCUCACAGAGCCAUACAGCAGGACCGAAGCGCUCUGGUGUUGCUUACAAGCAGUUCAAAAUGCCGGGAAGGCUUUGCUAGAGAUAUCGGUAGAAAAUUUUGCAUAUCUACCAUUCAGCUCGGUCACAGACUUGGCAUUCACAAUGUCGACAUCGCAUCGACUACUGUUGGAGGGUGCGGCCAGCGACUGGGACGUGGGACUGGCACGGCAGAAACUGGACCUGCCAGAGCUAACUCGCCGGCUGGGAGACAAGCUCGAAGAGGCGGACAACGUAGCUCUCGUCGCCGGCCAAAAGCGGCGGUUGUUCGAGGACAAUAGCUCGAGAUGGUCUAACUAUGCUUCCCGGGCCAGAUGGAUACGGCAGUUGUACCUUUCUAGAAUGGCGCCUGCGGAAGAGCAAGCACCCAAUCUGGCGCAACUGGACUCUGGCCCGAUAUUGAAUGAACCGAACAUGACGUGGUCAGCUGGAGUAUCUAUGGAUCAAGGAUUUUGGGACGCGAUGAUGUUAGACGGACCUGGACAAAUACCGUUUGACGCGUCAGUGCCUUUAACGGAUCCGUCUGGGUUUCCACCAGUACAAUCUGCAUAGUAGAAUUCAUUCUCUUUUGGAAAGAGAUCUUACACAAGGUCCGACGUGCUAAGUCACAGAGAUACAAUAGCGCUUUGC